GACCCUGAGGUUGGUUGGGUCUUGGGUCUACUGGAAAUGCGUUGGCGACUAGCCGAUGUGCUAUGUGUAAGGCUCUCGUGACCUUGGGAUGUGCACACUAAAACCCCCACGAAUCCUUCAUAUCGAUAUCGUUGGCUGGCUAAACGUGGAUUGGGGCAGAAUGGAGGUCGAUCUUUCAACACUACUGCUAACGCUACUAUGGCCACCGUCAAGAAAAAAAAUUGGCAUCGUGAGAACUGACUGGCGGGCCGCUGGCGGAAGCUUAUAAUCCCUCAACAUGACCACAAGAUAUUGCUCAAUCCAGCUGGAGGCUUACUCGAGGUUCGCUUUCGUGCAUCAAUACCUCCUUCGAAAUACGCUCCGUAGUUAAGGGGUAGUGCUAUGGACUCCCGAUCACUGAGGAUUUGGGCCCUACUCAUCAUCGAUUUCAUCUUUCUCCUUGUUGAAAUCACUGUGGGAUAUACAGUUGGGUCGUUGGCGCUGGUAGCAGAUGCGUUCCAUAUGCUCAACGAUGUGCUGAGCUUGGUCGUGGCGCUCUACGCCAUCAAGGUCUCUGCUAAUUCGCCCACUUCCAAAUACUCGUAUGGAUGGCAUCGAGCGGAGAUUCUCGCAGCUCUUGUGAAUGGCGUCUUUCUCCUGGCGCUUUGCUUGUCCAUUUUUCUGGAGGCAAUUCAGCGCUUCUCCUCUGUUCCUAAAAUCAGCAACCCUAAACUCGUUGUGAUCGUCGGCUCGCUUGGCCUUGCCUCCAACAUCCUAGGCUUCUUCCUCUUCCAUGGUAAGCCAAAGGCAUUUUUGCAUGGGCACACUCCAGGACCGGAUCAUGGUCAUGCCCACUCGAUGAAUAUGCACGCGGUAUUACUUCACGUGCUGGGCGACGCGUUGGGCAACGUUGGCGUCAUCUCGUCCGGCCUCAUUAUUUGGCUGACUACUUGGAGUUGGAAGUACUAUAGUGAUCCCAUUAUCAGUUUAGUGAUAACUUGUAUUAUCUUUAGGAGUGCCCUACCUCUGGUCAAAAGAGCCUCUUUCAUCCUGUUACAGGCCGUUCCACGGUCCAUUUCAUUGGAUGCCGUUCGCAGCGAUAUUGAGGCAAUCAGUGGAGUUCUUUCCUUGCAUGAGUUGCAUGUGUGGGAGCUUUCGGAAAACAAGAUCGUCGCCUCAGUCCAUGUGUGCGUCGCGCACGAGGGAGAGGAAGGAAGUAGAGCAUUCAUGGAGGUCGCCGGCGAUAUAAGAAAAGUACUACACGGCUACGAGGUGCACUCGAGUACGAUCCAGCCAGAGUUUUUCACUGUCGCUGGACACGAAGCCCAGUCCCCCAGGUCCGGGGGUGGGACGGUGAGUUGA